AUGGAAUGGAAUGGGCUCUAUCGCGGUGCGAUACUAGGAGAGGGCGAACUACGAGGGCUUAGCUCGGUUCGAACCCUGGUCUUUGGGCCAUUGCCCUGCCUCGAAAUUCGCGAGAUACCUCCGACGAACAGGGUUGAGAGGCUUCGAACAUGCCUCGGCCAGAUUCGAUCGGAGCUGCUCGCUUCCGAGGAGGAGGAGGAGGAGGAGCACGAGGAGGAGGAGAAGCAGGAUCGGGAGGAGCAUGAGGAGAGCUACAUGGCCUCAACGGCCCCACCACUGAUUCGCAACACCAGCAGUGUGGGACCUGCUGGCGAGGGCUGCGGGUGCAACACAAUGCACGCCUCGCGGGCUGCCCUAGGAAACUCAUUCGUCGCUCGGCAGUGGGCCGUUCACCGGCCAUUCUCCACUGUUAGGACACGCGACUAG